UGUUUGCAGCAACCAGCCAGCUGUCAAAAAAGAGGUGCGCUGGUGUUGCUUCUGUUUGUGGUGUUUUUGCGUGAAGUUUUCGCUGUAAUCAGCACGUUUUAUUACGCGUGUUAUUGACGGGUGUGUGGUGACGAAUCGUAACAAAGUGCACUCCACGCAGUGUCUGUGAUAUAAAGACUCUUCAAUCGUAUAAAGCCAGGUCGCGCUUCGUUCAUCUUACGGACGCCGUUGCUGUGCACUCACACACAAACAUAUACAGGCACAAACACAUAUCUUCUAACGCGCUGCCACAAGGAAACCAUGGAGGAGGACAACAAAAAGCCAUAUAAGAUUAAGGAUGUGACGAGAGCUAUUAAGAAGGCGGUAGUAGCUGGCACCCUGGACGAGGUUCGGUCGAAGGCGGCGGAAAAGUUUGGCCGCACAGAUCUACCCAACAUUCAUCUCGAUUCGGACGGUACCGAGGUGGACGAUGAGGACUACUUCCAGACGCUCGAACCAAAUGCCGAGCUGAUUGCGGUCUUCUCCGGCGAACAGUGGAUAGAUCCGACACACUACGUCACAAUAACGACGCGCCGGGAUUCGGCCGACAUCACCGACAGCCCGGAUGUGGAACGGAUACAUCUGAAGAAGCUGGUCGCGCAGAUGAAAACCAACCUGUGCAACGUGUCGGUGUUGAGCGAACCGGACCUAGAACUGCUGUCAAACAUGGACCCGAACUCGGUAGCCGACAUUACCGGCAAGGACUUCAUCGAGCAGCUGAAGGAAGCUUCAGGCAGAAUCUUGCAUGAAAAACGAAAGGCUGCUGACGCAAUUGAGCUGCUAAAGCUGAUCGCGAAGCAACCAAUCGCAUCAAAUGACGCCGACAGCAUAGAACGCGAAUACGAUGACGGCGGUAACACGCACCAGCUUCGCUCCUUUCUAACCGCAACGGUACGGUCCGGCCCUAUCGUUAAUCAACCUCAGCGUGCGGAUAUGACCGCGGCCGCCGCUGCCGAAGAAUCGUCCUCCUCGCCUUCCACGACGCCUUCCACGACGAUCGUUUCAAUUCCGGCUACCGUCAACCGUUACAGCGACGGCAAGCACAACAUAACCGUUCACCUGCAACCGACCGUAGGCAGCAACUAUGAUAGCAGUACCGGGGAAGACACACUUGACACCUGCCGCAUGCCAACGGACAGCAACCCGGAGCACGGCAAGCCCAUUUGAUAUUUAAUGUAUCAAGUCAACGUGUGUCAUAAGUAGACGACACGUCAGACGUCGGAUUGUUUUACUUGGUUGUAACAGUAUAAAGCAGCCUUUUUUUAGGGUUAUCGGCGGAAAAUGUUGUGCCGUUACAUUCUUAUAAGUUUGAUCAUCAGACGUAAGCCAUGAUCGCAACAAAAAAGUGACCGUAAAGCAACAGAGUAAACAGCGUUUAAGCAAAUCCAAAUGAUUAACAUUCAUUUAAACUGCCAAGCACCGCUUAUAAAGGUGACACGUACAUGACGAAAAUAUUACUAUUAGAAAGAAUAAUAUUGCGCAAUAGCAUACACAAACACGGCUAAAACGAAAUCAAUAGACUAGCGUGAAAUAGGAAAAAAAUAGCAUUCGACACCUGGUGGUACCCAUAGGACAAACCCAAUUAUCUAAACCGCAUUGAAACAUUACUAGCGAGCAGGAACGUUGAACAUCUAUAGUACAACACGAUUAACGAAGCGGUAAAAAACAACGCUCAAGAGAAUAACUACAUUUUAAAAGAUGUGCCAUCUUUGCACUAUUAGCAUAGAUCGUUACAUAGAUCCGAACCCUCUUCGCACAACCAAACUGAUCUACGAUCGUGAGCAACAGAACAAAUAGUUUGCAAAAGAGAGCCAAAUAUGAACAAAUCACACAUGGCACACAACGCCUAAUACUACACAUGUUUAAAUGUAAAACGAUAACACAACACACCCCACGUGCACGUGAACUCGAAGCGCGCCAAAACGGCAACACAGACCACUUAUAACAAGCGUAAGGCAAAACAAUUAUGUGCUGUGCUGUGUGUCUGGUUGGGGGGUGAUUAUUAUAAAGACUGAGCAGUUCAUUUAAGUUGUUCGCAAGACAACGUCACCCUUUCCACGGACCGACGCGCAUCGAAGAGAUGGACGAACGGAAACGGCUGCGACGGAUGAUGGAAAUGAACUGUCUAAAAUUAAUCGAAAACAUUUAAAGUAAUUUACUAAAAUCAAUUUGCAACAAUUUUGCCUGAACGGAUGUGCAGUAAGGCGUAUGUGAGUGUGGGUAAGAAACUAACGAGUAGUUGGGAUAGGAAACCUACAAUAUUACAACUCCAAUUACAGGGGGAAAAGUGGAAAACAGAAGUGAAUGUAACCUGAAAGCCUGAUUGUGGAGACGAACGGUUAAAGUACGCGCUAAAGAAAACAUUAAAUGAUACGCAAAAUUAAACACAUAGAGGUAUAAAGCACCAAAGCAUAUGUAACUAGCGGUGCGCUGUACGGAGGAUAAGGAUGAGGUAAGAGCGUUCGAGUGAUGCGUUUUGUUCAACAUUUCAAUUUUGUAAUAUGCGAAAAAUUGUGGUAAAAACUAGUUGUAUAGGCUAGCAUUAUCAAAACCAAAAUCGAAGGGUCUGUUGUAUAGCACAGACAUUUAUGUCAUUAAAUUGCCAGUUUGGCGCACUGAGGAUAAUUGUUUGAUAAAAGCGUUAAUUAGCAGUACUCUGUUUUCCGCACAAAAUGCACACCCAGUUUGCCAUCACACAUCGACAGGGAUACGAAAACUCGUUAAUGAAGGUGCGAUUUUAAGGAAAGUGCACCAAAUCGGUCCUCCAACGGAUUAUAUAAUUCCACGAUACCAACUGUGCACUCUGACACGAUCACCAGAAGUAGGUUUUUUCCUCCCCGGACUUUAUCACAACACAAAAUGCAACAGAACAUGUUAAUCUGUAGGAACAGGCGCAAUACAUCCCGUUGAACUAGGUCACUUAUCAACCACCACUGAUCGUACGUAACGGUUCGGGUAGUGCCAGAAACUUCGAGGUAGCUCUGGCGGAAGUAGGAUUCUAAACGGUAAUACGAAAACGGUAUGUUAACAUGAGUGCAUCAUCUACAGUAACCAAAACCCCCUGCUCAACCCGUACGCCGUAUCGAUCCUUAUGCCGAUCUGCAAUCUAUUGAAAGUUAAAUAAACAGGUUUUAAUCAUACG